GCUUUUUUGAUGAUUGUGGAGCCGUUGCUGUGCUUUUCAAAAAUCUUCUCUCCCAUUUUCUUUGUUCGGUGUUUAGGAGGAGAGAGAGAGAGAGGGAGAGGAGACGGAGAGUUGAAUAUCUCUCUCUUCUUGAUAUUAUUAUUAUUCUUUUUUUUGGGAAUUGUGUUCUUUUUGUUAGGAGUUAGGACUGGGGGUGUUGAUUUUUAUUUUCUUGAAGGUAGAGGCCGGAGGAAGUGGGAGGAGAUUGAGUUGGAAUUAGGGUUCCAACCAUGAAUGUGAUGCGCCGGCUAAAGAGCUUUGCUUCGGGUCGCACUUCUAUUUCGUCUGAUCCUGGUGGGGAUUCUAGCUCCAAGAGAGCAAAGUUUGAUCAAGAGACUGAGCGCUUGGAUAACGAGGAACGAAAUAGAUUAGUGAGAUGUGCCACGGGUCUGGAGCAGCACAUGGCUUCUACAUCACUGGAAACUGCUGCAAGCGUGUCUGAUAUAUCUUCAAUGGCUAGAAAAGAAAAGUCCAGUUAUGAACAGCUUCCUAAAGAAAUGCAUGAAAUGAGAAUUAGAGAUGAGAAAGCCAACAACCAUGAUGAAAAGGAUUUGGAAGCUGCUGUUGUGAAUGGUAAUGGAACAGAAACUGGUCAGAUAAUUGCAACUACAGUAGCUGGUCGAAAUGGACAACCAAAACAGACAAUCUCGUACAUGGCAGAGCGUGUGGUUGGCACUGGUUCAUUUGGUGUUGUCUUUCAGGCCAAGUGCCUGGAAACAGGUGAAGCAGUUGCAAUAAAAAAGGUGCUGCAGGAUAGGAGAUAUAAGAAUAGGGAACUUCAGAUUAUGCGUGUACUCGACCAUCCUAAUGUUGUUCAACUGAAGCACUGUUUCUUUUCAACCACAGAAAAAGAUGAGUUGUACCUUAACCUUGUCCUGGAGUAUAUAUCCGAAACUGUCUACAGAGUAUCAAAGCAGUAUAUCAAGAUGAACCAAAAUAUGCCUAUCAUCUAUGUACAACUUUAUGCAUACCAGAUUUGUCGUGCACUAAAUUACUUGCAUCGUGUCGUUGGAGUAUGUCAUCGUGACAUUAAGCCACAGAAUCUACUGGUCAAUCCCCACAAUCAUCAGUUAAAGAUAUGUGAUUUUGGCAGUGCAAAGAUGCUGGUGCCAGGUGAACCAAAUAUAUCAUAUAUUUGCUCUCGAUAUUAUAGGGCCCCAGAACUUAUAUUUGGGGCCACAGAAUACACAACCGCAAUUGAUAUGUGGUCAGUUGGUUGUGUCCUUGCUGAGCUUCUUCUAGGACAGCCACUGUUUCCUGGUGAAAGUGGUGUUUAUCAGUUGGUCGAGAUCAUUAAGAUUCUGGGGACACCGACCAGGGAAGAAAUCAAGUGCAUGAAUCCGAAUUACAAUGAGUUUAAGUUCCCUCAAAUUAAAGCUCACCCGUGGCACAAGAUAUUUCACAAGCGAAUGCCACCUGAAGCGGUGGAUCUUGUGUCAAGGCUGCUCCAGUAUUCACCUAGUCUACGUUGCACUGCUUUGGAGGCAUGCACUCAUCCCUUCUUUGAUGACCUGAGGGAUCCAAAUGCAUGUUUGCCUAAUGGGCGAGCGUUACCUCCUUUGUUCGAUUUUACAGCUCAAGAAUUGACUGGUGUAUCUGCCGAACUGCGUCAUCGCCUCAUACCUGAGCCUGCAAGUAACCGUUUUGGAUGCACAGUUGCCUGAAGAACUAUGCUAUACCCUGCACCAAUAGCCCAAGAUACACUGCCUUUGGUCUUGAGAGUUAUUAUUGAUGACAGAACCAAGGGGGUGGGAAAGUCUAGGGGCUGUCAGAUUAUUCAUCGAGGAUGUGAUGGAUCUGCAGGUGGAGGGAGUAGAAUUGCUUGAAUGAGGUUGAAAUUGCAAUUUAAUGAUGUAAAAUUGUGUGCCUUGACUUUCGAUUAUGUUAUCUUGUCAUAUAUGGUUUAUGGGUAUUUGAAAUGGAAACUAACACGAAUGAUAUUAGAUAAACUAGGAUGAUUUUUUCUUA